AGAACUGGGGCGCCUCAGAAGAAAACAUGGCGAACUGCUUCAUCAAGUGCUGUCGGGUAUUAAAACACGUUCCUGUUCGCAUAAUAUGUUUUUUGGUUAUUAUCCUCCACUUCAGUGUUGUUGAUUACUAUCUGGUGGAACAUAAAGACAGUACAUGGUUGGGCUUCCUCGCAGCUGACGUCAUCACCCUGUGCCUGUUUAUUGCGUCAUUUAUUCUAUCAUAUCAGCAACUCAAGGGUUCGAACACUGACACAAAGAUAGAGAAAAUUGGUAUUUGGGUGGGUGUUGCAUCUUGGUUUCUAUAUUCAGUCAUUGUAGCGACUAAGUCAGGCAUCAUUUUUAUUGACUUUGCAGAUGAUCUAGAUGAAAAGGAUUUUUUUGGUCCGAACACACUGAAAACUGCAUUGGCCUUAGCCGGAGUAAUAUUCCUUCUUCAUCUUUCUUCGCUACAUGACGCUAAGCCAGGGUCGGAGAGACGAACAUACAUAGAAGAACUAUCAGGAACUGUUAUUUUCGACAUUUUGGAUUGUGUGGAUAGUAUGGAACCGCUGUUUAUCAAAGAAGAUCGUGAAGCUUUCCCGCCGGGUCUCGUAGAAGCCAUUGUGGCCGUAGCCUGUCUAAAUUUUGUCCUACCAACCGUACCUCUUUUGACCCUAUCGCAUACUAAAUUCGGACACGCCAAGCUACCCCGACGUUUGAUCAUGAUACAUAAGAUUAUCCUGGCGUACAUUGUCAAUCUUCCACUUUUGGUUAUGAGAAUGAUUUUAUGGCACGGACUAGAUCAUGGCGUCUCCAUUUUUUCUUUGAAGAAUGUGAUUGUGAUCGCUAUGAUAUCGUAUGAUUUCUAUGAACAUCACGAGGCAGAUAUGGACAACUCGAAGGAAAAGCAUAAACAGCACCGAAGGGAGAACGGAGACGAAAGUUUACCAGCGGAUGCUUACGGAUUGGAAGAUCGUUACGACUACAAGUGA